UUGUUGGAGAUUCGUCUGUGAAUAUCUGCCGUAUCUUCGAGAACGAUUGACCCACCUUUCGAGUAUUUUUAAUUCUUGUCGAAGAAUUGCGUUCAACGAACCAGUAGCUGAAACUUCGAGAGAUCGCUUUCAAGGUUCGAGGUAAAAAUGGAGGACAACAGUCGAGGCGAGAGUUUGUGCAAAGUCUGCGGCGACAAGGCUUCUGGGAAACAUUACGGUGUACCGAGUUGCGACGGGUGUCGCGGAUUCUUCAAGCGGUCGAUCCGCAGGUAUGCAAGGAACUUGGACUACGUGUGCAAGGAAAACGGUCGUUGCAUCGUGGACGUUUCGCGGCGAAAUCAGUGCCAGGCAUGUCGUUUCACCAAGUGCCUCCAGGUUAACAUGAAACGAGAUGCGGUUCAACACGAAAGGGCUCCACGAAACACCUCGUCGUUGGUGGCGGCAGCGAGGAGAGGUCCUGCAGGUCUCUACUCCGGAAUCUCGCACGUUUACCAUGCAGCGAGCAAUCCUUAUCAUCCCCUUCUGUAUCCUGCGCUGUUCCCUUUCAAGCCAACGGUGCCAGCAUUCACGCCAUCGGUUGCACACUUUUUGCCACGGUCGCCAACAGAACCAAUAACAGUGACCGCCGCCAAGGAGGACGAAGUUACGAGCUCCGAGGAAGCUGGAAUGUUGGACAGUAGGAUUGAAACAAAGGAGGAACUAGUGAGCACUCGAUUAGCACCACCGAUCGUCAACUCCGCGUCCUCGGAGUAUAUCACCAAUUUCUCGAUUUUACCCACGGAAAAUAUCUAUGAAUUCGCCGCAAAGUUACUUUUCUUUGCUGUCAGAUGGGCGAGAAGCAUUCAUUCUUUCUUACAAUUGCCAUACAGAGACCAGACGAUUCUACUGGAGGAGUCCUGGAGCGAGCUUUUCGUGCUGACAGCGGCGCAGUGGAAUUUCCCUGUCGAGGAAACCACUUUAGUACCCAGCGACUUGUCGCCAGACAGGAAGGAAGUGCUCGUCGACGAGGUGAGAAGGUUGAAGGAGUUAUUGGGAAAAUGCGCCCUCCUCAGGGUCGAUCACUCGGAGUACGCCUGCCUCAAGGCUAUCGUUCUCUUCAAAGGAGAAUCUCGAGGGCUCUGCGAUCGAGUAAGGGUAACAACCCUUCAAGAGCAAACGGUGGCCGUGUUCUGCGAAAGGGAUGCUCGUAGGGUUGGGCGUCUGUUGCUGCUGUUACCCCCAGCGCGUGCACUCUGUCGAUCAACCCUGCAAGAAUUGCUAUUCAAACCAACUGUAGGUGAUGUCAGUGUGGAACGAUUGCUGGGCGACAUGGUCAGCGCCCUGAGGCCGACAUAACGCGACUUAUAGUCGAUUCCUGCUCUAUCCAUACGAGGUUCAUCCAGUGAACGAGCAAUUUUUCCUCAAAAAAUGUUCCAAACGCGCAAUUGAAAUACUUUCCUCGAGCGUACGAUUCCUUCCA